AUGUCUUACGGUAACCUUCUCGUAUUGGACUAUGCGAACGGCAAGUUGUGGAUUCUCCUCUCAGGGGUGAAGGGGAUCCGCCGUCUCAAGGAAAUCCACUUCGACGAACCGUUACGCGCUCAGGAAGCUUUGGGAAUUAGCGCUAGUGUGAGUCCAUUUACUAGGAAAUUUAAUUUUCAGGGUGACGACGUCUAUGUGGCGUGUUUUAAUCGGUGUGAAGUGCGAAUUUUAUCCUACCUUGAGGGUGGAGUAUUCACCGCUUUGAACGCCGCUGCCGUCCGUUCGCCGUCGCACGCGCAACGCAGCGCCAGCCUUCCGCGACCGCCCGAAAGUCAAGUAUAG